AUGUCGACGAUGGUGGACAUCUGGGUGAGCGAGGUGAGGAGGCUACAGGCGAAGCGCCGGCAGUCGGCGAGCCCGGCGGCGGAGGAGGAAGGUCACCAGAAGCAGCAACAACAGCAGCAGCAGCAGCAGCAGCAGCAGCAGCAGGCCCCCAGGCAGAAGCCAGUCCGGCGGACAACCCUCUCCGAGGCAACCGUCUGUAUGCUCAUGGACCGCUUCGCCCCCUGUUGA